ACUAAAUUCCAAUAAAUUCCUCUCAUCUGACAGUCAACACACUUUGGAUCUACCUCACUUUCAACUUCCUUAUUUCACAACAGAUCCAACCCAACCUGUCACUCAUCUUCCUCGCUCCAUAAACAGCAAAUUCCUUUUUCCCACUCCAACUCCCAAGUUAAAUCCAAACGCCUCCGAAAUGAAAAUCCUUUAAUUUCAGAAACCCUUUUAAGUUCAUCAUCUGCCGGAACAGCAAUGGUUGGAUUCAAGCGCAUGGGUUGGUUGCCGGAGCCCACUCACCGCCGUCUCUCCUCCGAUGCAAAGAAGAAGGACUCCAGUUUAGGAAUUCUCGCCUUCGAGACAGCCAAAACAAUGUCAACGCUUGUCUCCCUGUACAAAUCCCUCUCCGAUGAGGAAAUUUCCAGGCUGAAAAAUGAUGUCAUUAAAUCCCAAGGAAUUGCAUUCUUGAAUUCCAGAGAUGAGGGGUUUCUCUUGAGCCUUGCGUAUGCUGAAUGGCUUGAAGAUCUUGAUCGCGCUGCUGCAGUUGUUUCUCGGUUAGGUAAGAAAUGCAGUGAUUUCGGGCUCAAUCGGUUUGACCUUAUUUACACGGAUUUGAAACUCGGGAUCCUGGAUUUUGGGAAGCUGGAAUACGGGUCGAGAUCGGCUGAGAAAAAGGUCAAGCAAAUGGAGAAAUUAGUCUCGGCCACGUCUUCCUUGCGCUCAGCAUUGGAGGGAUUGACGGAGUUGGAGAUUUCGGAGAGGAAGCUGAAUCAAUGGAAGAGCAGACAAAUAGAGCUACAGAAGGCGAAUUACGAUCUUUUUUACCAAAAACUGGAGAAUCAGAGGAAGGAAGUUCGCCGUUUCAGAGAGAUCUCUCUUUGGUCCACAGCGUUCGACAAAAGUGUUAACCUGAUGGCAAGAAUUGUGUGCGUUGUUUAUGCAAGAAUUCGCGUCGUUUUCGGGCAGCAGAGCCGGCAGUUUCCCCUAGUCAAGGAAAAACUUCUUCCUCAUUCCGGCCCUAUUCUAACAACAUCAAAGCGCAGCAUAGUCCGUUUUUACAGCCGAAGAUCGUUUCUCUUCUUUGAUGAAGAUGAUAGCCACGGAGAGGUUGCGCAAAACAACAGGGUGUUCCACGCCGCCGGUCCAUCUACGGUAGGCGGGUCAGGCCUGGCGCUGCGUUACGCCAAUGUGAUUCUACUGGCGGAGAAGUACAUGGACUCCAGUGUGGCGGUAUGCCAUGACGAACGUGAAUCAUUGUACGAAAUGUUGCCGGAGAAUCUGAAAGCCCUGGUGAGAAAUAAGCUGAGCAAGAACAUGAAAAGGGUGGAAGACGAUUCAUCCCUGGCUGAUGGGUGGAGAGAUGCCAUGGUGGAGAUGAUGGGGUGGCUCGGACCGAUGGCACAGGACACGGUAACGUGGCAGAUGGAGAGGAACAUUGAGAAGAUGAAGUUGGAGGCGAAGCCCUCUGUGCUUUUGUUGCAGACAUUGCAUUUCUCUGAUAAGGAGAAGACAGAAGCUGCCAUUGCUGAGGUCUUGGUUGGAUUGAGUUGCAUUUUUAGAUUUGAAAAUCGGAAAUUAGGUGUAUGAUUAUAGGGGUUAAAGAUUAGGCAAUGAUACUAUGAUGCAGAUGGAUUUCAGUGAUCGAUUUACAGUCAAUGUGUAUUAUGAUUGAUUACACAGGAAAGGCGAUUGAUCCACUAGAGGAAAGAAAGCCCGUGUUAUAGAUUUCAGAUUAUUUUAAUUUAUUAUAAUUGUUUUUGUUCGUAUUCUUGUUCUUGACAUUGGUUGAUCCUAUGUGUUGCAAAAGA